CGUCACGUGACCUUCAGUCAGCUGAUCAAAUCCUACGUCUUGUAUCUGGACUAUGAGGGUCACAUCGAUGUUAUUUUAAUCCUUUAAUUGUGGUUUAUGAUAAAUUGACAUUAGGUUUACACGCAACAGUCAAGCUUCUCAGUCGUGUGAUUUAGUGUUUGACUAAACGAGUAAAGAUGUCGGGAAAAGAUCGCAUCGACAUUUUCCCUUCCAGAAUGGCUCAGACUAUAAUGAAAGCUCGUUUGAAAGGAGCUCAGACAGGCCGGAGUUUGCUGAAGAAGAAAGCAGAUGCUCUUUCUAUGCGCUUUCGCCAAAUUCUCAGAAAAAUCAUCGAGACUAAGACACUGAUGGGUGAGGUGAUGAGAGAAGCCGCCUUUUCUUUAGCCGAGGCCAAGUUUGCUGCUGGUGAUUUCAGUACCACAGUCAUUCAGAACGUCAACAAAGCCCAAGUGAAGGUCAGGGCUAAAAAAGACAAUGUUGCAGGUGUUACUCUACCUGUAUUUGAACAUUACCAGGAGGGUGGAGACAGUUAUGAGUUAACCGGUCUGGCCAGGGGUGGAGAGCAGCUGUCUCGACUCAAGAGGAACUACGCCAAAGCAGUUGAGCUUCUUGUAGAGUUGGCAUCUCUGCAGACUUCCUUCGUCACAUUGGACGAAGCGAUCAAGAUCACCAACCGGCGUGUGAAUGCCAUCGAGCACGUGAUCAUUCCACGUAUCGAGCGCACGCUCACGUACAUCAUUACAGAGCUGGACGAGCGUGAGCGCGAGGAAUUCUACAGGCUUAAGAAGAUCCAGGAAAAGAAGAAACAGCUCCGUGAGAGGACCGAGAAGGAGAUCGCUGUUCGCUUGGCUGCACUCGGUCCGAUCCCAGAGCCCGUGAACAUGCUCAGUGAAGAGGCCGAUGAGGAUAUGCUGUUUGAAUGAGAAUCCAGACCUUCGGGAAUCCACCUGUAUUUAUUCUUCGUGCCUUUUAAGGCCGAGCUUAAUGUCAAGUAAACCAGAAAUUUGCUUGUACUGUGUAUUUGUUGGUGCUGUUUGAUUUUUUUUGUUUGUAGGAUGAAAUGAAACUGUAACACAAUUUUUUGACAAACAGAAAACUGUAAUACGCAAAAGAGAUUUAAAUUUAAAAAAGCAUUCCAUUGAAUUGUGCACACUUUGUGGAGUCAUUGCAUGCAUUAAAUCAGUGCAACCCUUCCUGUUAGCCAUUGUGUGAUAGACGAUUAUGACGACAUACAGCACAUCUCAUGUUUACGUUACAGUUGGGCAAAAUAAGUUAAUAGUUGAUGUGCUUGUAUGAUCAAAAUCCCUUUUAGUUAUUUGGUUGAGAAAUGUGUGAUUGUUUAGGUCCGGCAAAUAUUUCCACUUCCUGUGGAUUAAAUAUUUCAAUAAAUGUUGUAAAUGUU